AAGCAGCUUAUCUCCUUUAGAACACAGACUUGUUUGAUUGUUACCACAACUUUAACUGUGUGUGUGUUUAUAAAUAGAUUUAGAUUUUUUUUUAAGCAAACUUAUAAAUAGCAAUAUAUAGAUACUCUGUUAUUUUAUUUUGGCACCACAUUCAGAUGGACAUUUCUCAAGUUUCAUCAAUGUAAAGCCUUCUGAUAUUUAUACCUACGAGUGUCAAAAAUGCCUUCUUCAAUUGCCUUGAUUAUUUUUUUUCACCUGGUAUAUUCUGAAGCUAUACCGGACAAUGAACACAUUGAAAUCCCCCAACCUACAAACUUUGAUGUUACAGAAAUACAUUUAGGAGUUUUUAACUUCACUUGGAAUUCAAACCUUUCUUAUAAUAAGGAUUAUGCUGUACAUUACAAGGUGUGCAUUGGGGAUCUAGGCAAUGAAGACUGUAAGGAAGAGGAGAGGAAAGUUGCUCAUUUUAGAAGAUUUAUAUCCAGAGGAGUUUUUGCAAAAGUUAAAACUAUUGUGUCUUUUGGUAAUAGAAAAGCUGAAAGCAAUUGGACUGUAAGGAAUUUUCCACAAUCAAAAGGCAUAACUGAACAAGCUCUACAGAAUGUGUCCUGCAUUUUGUACAACUUUGACCAUAUAAACUGUACGUGGGAAACAGCAAAGGAAGUGCCAGAUGAUGCACACUACUCAGUUUAUUUUUGGCAAAGAAAUACAGAUUUUCCAUGUCAUCAAUUUAUUAGAAAUGACCAGAGGAAAAUUACUGGAUGCCACAGCAGAAAAGGGACAGCUUUUCUUGAUAAAAGUGUUCACAUGCUCAUCAACGUGUCAGGGGUAGACUUCUAUUCUGCUCCCAGAUUCAGAUUUAAUCCAUAUGAAAUAGAGAAGCUCAACCCACCAGAAAAUAUUACAAUAGCAAAAAAAACAGAUGGUUUACACAUUGUAUGGGAUCAGCCAUAUUCAUUAAUUACCGACAACAAACUGUGCUUUAUUUAUGAAGUAAACCUAAGUGAAAAUGAACGAUUCUUUGAGACAUUGAAAAUAAAUUACAGUGAAUGUUCUAUAACAACUUUUGACACAACUAAGAGCUAUUCUUUACAAAUACGAGCAAAGAGAGCAUCAGCUUGUAGAAAAAACUUAUUUUGGAGUAACUGGAGUAAAACCGUUACGAUAAAUGACAAAUCACCUGAUCCUACAGUACCGUUAGUUGUCAUAGCCGUGGUUGUGUCUGCUUUGUUUCUUAUUUUGUUAAAGUGGAAAGGCCCAAAGAUUUUGCUAAAACUUUUCCCGCCAAUUCCUAGCCCUACCAAUAAAAUUAAGCAGUGGUUGGAAAAAGAAGACAUUAUCCAGCCUUACACUGCAAAGGAACACCCAACAUACAUUGAGAACAUUAUUAAAAUAGAAGAAAAUGAUACAUCGUGAAGACGCCUAUAUUUAGAAAAUGAAGAAGAAAAGUAACUGAUAAACUGAUUACUCACUAUUUUAAUAAUUAGCUACAACAAUUCAUUCUUUAGAUAGCAUGAUAGAAAUAACUAGGCAGACUAAUGUCUAGAGAGAGAGAGAGAGAGAGAGAGAGAUUUUGUACUUAUGCAGUUUGUUUAUUGAGUACUUGUAUAAAUGACUGUUGCGGCCAUGUUUAUUAUCUAUGAAUAGUAUUAAAUAGUUGUUUACUCUGCAGUGAGUGACCGAAUGUAUACAAUAUCAUCAUAAAGUGUUUGGUCUUGCAUUCAGGAAUCAGAUGCUCUUUUUGUUUAUGUUAAUGUCAACCAGUUGCAAACACCUACCAUUUUAUAGCUGUAAACAACGAGGGAAUGUAAAGAAAUUCUGUGUAUUAUUGUCAAUAAAAUGUCUAAAAAUAAAA